AUGCCAGGCCUCUCCCCCGCAGUUGUGAAAUGUUAUGAUGACCUGGCCCUGCCGAAAAAACCCCGGUCGCUUGUCGGUGCGUUAAGGUCCUGGCGUUGUUAUCUUGGCUCAUCGUGCCAUCAGGCGUGGAAGUGCGGAUGCGGUUACACCGACGCUACGGAGUCUGCUGGCGCAGUUUGUUGUGAACUGGCUAAAGCCCUUUUUGCCGCGCAAACUGUCUGUAAGUGGAGGACACCCAGCCCGUGUCCAGCAGCGGGUCGCCCGCCGCAGCCCCUGCCGCCACCUCCGCAGGCUGCAGAAGAUGUCAAUGUUACUUUUGAAGAUCAACAGAAAAUUAACAAGUUUGCAAGAAAUACCAGCAGGAUCACAGAACUGAAAGAAGAAAUAGAAGUGAAAAAGAAACAACUUCAGAAUUUGGAAGAUGCUUGUGAUGACAUCAUGAUGCUUGAUGAUGGUGAUUCACUUCUGAUACCCUACCAAAUUGGAGAUGUCUUCAUUAGUCAUUCCCAAGAAGAGACACAAGAGAUGCUGGAGGAGGCAAAGAAAAGUUUACAAGAAGAAAUUGAAGUGUUAGAAUCCCGAGUGGAAUCAAUUCAGAGGGUGUUAUCUGACCUGAAAGUUCAGCUCUAUGCAAAGUUCGGAAAUAACAUAAAUCUUGAGGCUGAGGACAGUUAAAGGUGUUCUAAAUAUACCAUACAACUUUUCCGUGUUUUAUUAAAUGUUUUGACAUUGUUACAAUUACAUUUAAAAAAAAAAAUCCACCACUUUUUUGUUUGUUUUGUUUUUUGUUUAAGUUUCCUGUCUUGGGUUCCAUCUAUUUAAUCAGAGCUUUCUUAUUUUGGUUAUUGCAGUUAUUUAUUUGUUUAGGAAAGCAUUAACUUCAUACUGUUGGUAAAGCAUCAAGAUUGGAAUAUUUGCAUUGUUGAUUAAAGUAAUAAAGUCAGGCACUUAUUG